GUCAGAAUUUGUCGAUGUAUUACUUUUCUCUAUGAUUUGUCGUGUCAUUAUUCGUUUUGGGAAAAUCUUUUGAUUCACGAUAGAUCUGUCUCAUCUGUGCGAUAGAUCUCUAUUACAUUUAAUAAAAACAUUCACCAAUAAAGUGUUCCAGAAUGUCGGCUACUGCAUUAUUUGGAAAUUCAUCUGCCUUGGGCGGAAGCUCUGGUGGAAACAAGCAUUUAGUGGAAUUCCGUGCCGGUAGAAUGACACUAAAGGGUCGUAUGGUGCACCCAGAUAAAAGGAAGGGAUUACUUUACGUAUAUCAGGGCGAAGAUUCUUUGAUGCACUUUUGUUGGAAAGAUAGAACUACAGGGGAGGUCGAAGACGAUCUCCUUAUAUUCCCUGAUGACUGUGAGUUCGUCCGUGUUAACGAGUGCACUACUGGAAGGGUUUAUGUUCUCAAGUUCAAGUCUUUUUCUAAAAAGUACUUCUUCUGGCUACAGGAGCCUAAAACAGACAAAGAUGAUGACUACUGCCGUCGCAUUAAUGAGGCUCUGAACAACCCACCCACAUCUGGAGGUCGCGGCGGUGGGAGCGGAGGUGCUCAGGAUGGUGAACUACAGAAUCUUCUGAACAACAUGUCCCAGCAGCAGCUGAUGCAGUUGUUUGGGGGUGUCGGGCAGAUUGGUGGGCUGUCUUCUCUUUUGGGCACUAUGGGCAACAACAGCAGCAACAGCGGCAGCACCAGCACGCGGCCGUCUGCUGGCAGCGGCAACAGCUCCCGAGGAGGUAGCGCGCCUCGCACCACCGCCGCCGCGCCGGCCGCCGAGCCCGCCGCCGCUCGCACGCCGGCGCGACCGCGCGACACACCCGCGCCUACUGCCACCCCGCCGAAUACCGCCACCGCGACCCAGCCGCGAAGUGGUCAAAUUGUCUUAUCGGACUUGCAACGCUACUUUUCGGGGCUAGGCAACGCGCCGCCGGAGAGCGCGGGCGCGGCGGGGGCCGGGGCGGGGGCGGGCGCGCGUGUUGAUCUCGCGGCGGCGCUGGCGUCGCCCGAGGUGGUGGGCGUGGCCAGCGCGCCCGCGCACGCCGCGCGCCUCGCGCCGCACCUGCCGGCCGCGCCGCCCGACACCGCCCAGGACGAUGUAAGGACCACACUGCUCUCACCGCAGUUCGCUCAGGCUGCCAACCAGUUUUCGUCAGCUUUGACGUCUGGACAAAUGGGUCCAGUGAUGUCUCAAUUUGGGUUACCACCUGAGGUCGCUUCAGCUGCAAAUACGGGCGAUAUGCAAGCGUUUUUCAAAGCCCUGGAAAAUUCUUCAAACGCCUCUGAUAGCACUAAGUCUAAAGAGAGCGCCGAUAAAAAGGAAGAAAAACCAAAGGACGAGAGUAACGAUAAAAAAGAUGGUGACGCUGGAAUGUCACUAGAUUGAUUAGUGUUGUUAUUUUUCCGCCCAAUUUGUGUUAUAUCAUAAUAUUUUCGGGCGAUGCUUUUAUCUUUUAUGUCUUCUAUGUGGUUUGUGUGUUAUUUGCCAAUACCUUAAAAUUAAUCUUAUCGUGACAUAAUGUAUCUUCUGCUUUUGUAGCAAUUUGGUUGUCAACAAAUGUUUUGCUUUUGAGUAUUCUUCUUGUGCAUCCGACUAACAAUUCAAAAUUGGAGUAUAUUCUGGACGAUUUCUGGUAAUAUUGAUUAGUACUGAAUAUGAGAAACAAAAUUUUAUUAUAAACAUUAUGUAAAUCAGCAAUGAGAUUCAGCUGUUCCAGAAUAACUUGCAUGUACUGAGGUUAAUUAAAAAACAGGUAAACCUACGAUUGCAAAAUGUUAUUGGAACCAUUGUCAAUUUUUUUUAAUAAAUAAAUAUAUCCUAACAAUGAAA